GCCAGGCCGCGCCCCGGGGCCCGCAGCCAAUCGGCGCGCCCGGGGGCUGCGCGCGGCGCCCGCCGCCGCCAUCUUGUGGGAGGGCAGAGGCGAAGGGCAGAGCGCGGCGGGGACGGCGGCGGCCCAGGACAAGCAGCCAUGGCUGGCCAUGACUCGGGAUCUCAACACCAGUUCACUGGAUUUCAGAAGUACUUCAAUUCCUACACCAUCAUAGGCAGGAGGAAUUAUGUAAUAGCAACGUACACGGGUGUUGCACUCCUUGUCUUGUAUUUCAAGUUUAGGCCUAAGAAGCAAGCUCCUGCUGUGACAGAUAAGUAAAAGGUUCCUGGCAUGUCUGAACCUCCAAUCUGUAUCAGUGUAAUGCAGGCUGAUGACCUGUUGUGGCUAAUAAAAUAUAAAUAAUUA